AUGUCGUCUUCAGGCCCCUCCAACGCACCCACGGCGAAAAUGCAACCUCCUCAGAAAACCGAGGCGGACCCAUCUCAGACAUCAAAACCCGCGUCAAACCAACCGCCGGCGAUGCUAGAGGAGGACGACGAGUUUGAGGAUUUCCCUGUUGAAGACUGGGCGCAAGAAGACACUGAAGUACCGGGCGGCACCACCCAUCUUUGGGAGGAAAGCUGGGACGACGACGAUGAGAACGAGGACUUCGGUAAACAGUUGAAGUAUGGAAGCUCCCAAAAACACGGUGUCUCGUGA